GGAUGCAGGUUAGCAAGUAUUCUCUCUGCUCAGUGAGUCACUCACAGCUAGCGGUCGCUUUUCCUUGUACCCACGAGACUACUCGUGUUCCUCGGACGGCUAGGUAGAGGUCUGGGAGGGUUCGGGGUGCCCGUGGACACGUGCUGCUGGUGGCGGCGUAGAGUUUCAUACAGUAAUGCCGUGAUGCCGAGGAGGCGGGGCGGGCGAUUUGAAUCCAGCGGCGGGCGGCGUCCAUGCGGGGCUGAAAUGUAGGUACCGCGGCCUGCGAGUCCACGGUGUCGGCGGCUUGGGACGAGUCAGGACGCCCGGCUACUGGCUUUCCCUUCAGGACUAAAGAGCCGAGCUCUAGAAGGCAGGACAGCCACGACACUCAUGUGCUGCGGGGCGUCCGGAAUAAACCCAAGGAGAAGGAGAACCGAGUUGCAGGAGUGAGAGGUGGGGCAAGUGCCCUGGUUUGAACUCCAGAUGGCUACCAACUCAAAAGACAGUGAAUUCCCUGGAACCAAGGAGUCUGCUCUUAAUGCUGAAAAUGCCUCUCUCAUUUUGGGAAAUGAGAAUCUUGUAACACCUCUGAAUCAUGCAGCUGAAGUGACUCCUGAUCCUUGCACACCAGAUACUUUUAAAUCACCUUUGGACUUUUCCACAGUAACUGUGGAGCAACUGGGAAUUACACCUGAAAGCUUUGUAAAGAACUGUUCAGGAAAGUCAUUAUCCUACCUUAAAAAAUCCAGACGACGCUCUACAGUUGGUGUCCGGGGCUCUCCUGAAACAAACAACCUUAUUCGUUUCAUUGCUCAGCAACGGAAUUUAAAGAAUGCAGAGAAGUCUCCUUUGACACAGAGUUUCCCUUUACCGGGCAGCCCUGUACUGCAUCGAAAUGUCAGUUCUUUAAGAGAGCGAAUAUCUGCCUUCCAGUCAGCCUUUCAAUCCAUAAAGGAAAAGGAAAGAACUACUGCCUGUACUGAUUUCUCAGAGGCAGAGGAAGAGUUCAAGGAAACAGGCACGACCAAAAAGGAACGUCUUGGUGAAUGUCGACAGUCUGCGUGCCUUGCCCAGUCACCCAAACGUCGGAGACGGUCUUCUCAGAGCCACUUGGAUGCCAGUCUCACUAAGGCAGCUGCUCUCCAGACGUUCAGUACGUCCACCCCUCCUAAUGCAGACAGAACGAGCGUGGCUGAAACUUCAGCAGACCUUUCUGAGAAGUCUUCUGAACCUGGUUUAACACAGUCUGGGUGUUUAGUUGAACAGUCUCUUCUCCUCUCAGAGCUCACAGAGGCUUCAAGCGGAAUCAAGGCUGCUGACUGUGCAAAGGGCAGAGGAUCAGGAGAUGCUGUUUCACCUGACAAAUUCGCAGAAGGGAGCAGAGGCUCGGCUCUUGAAGUCAGGUCCCUGGUCACUCCUUUGUGCAAGAGGGACAUUCUGUCCUCCAAGACCUCCGUCCUGCGUUCUGUGCUGAAGAAAACCUCCGGGAAGCUGUGUCUAGAAAGCCUGCAGGAGCACUGUGACACCCUCUAUGGUCCUGGGGCUCAUCCAAGCUUCCCCUCACAUCCUGCAAACGGUGGCAGAGAGCAAAAAGCAGAAGAUCAAGAACAUUACAAAGUGCCAGCCUUUGUAAAUAUGAGGAAGAGGAAGAGAGUGACCUUUGGAGAGGACCUGAGCCCUGAAGUGUUCGAUGAGUCUCUGCCAGCAAACACCCCACUGCGAAAAGGAGGGACGCCUGUCCGUAGAGAGGACUUAAGUAGGAUCAGUCCUGUGCUGCUUGAGCAGUCACCAGUUCCCGAGCAGUUGCCUCAGCCUAAUUUUGAUGACAAGGGGGAAGAUCUUGAAAACAUAGAACCUCUUCAGGUUUCGUUUGCUGUUGUGAGCCCUCUUAGUAAGUCUUCAGUCUCUGAGACUCUUUCAGGCACUGAUACCUUCAGCUCUUCAAAUAACCACAGGAAGAUACCUUCCUGUACAGAUGGUAGAAGAACACGGUCCUCUAACAGAAGAAGUCAAUUGAUCAGUUUUGCAGAAGAGAGUGUUUGCAGCUUGCUUAACACAGAAGCUCAGCCUUGCAAAGAGAAGAAAAUUAAAAGGAGGAAAACUCAAGAAAGCAAGCGCCCACACAGAGUACCUCCAAAAAAGAAUCCGAUUUUAAAAAGUUCCCAGAAGAAAAAAGGAAGAAGAAAGAAGGGUAUUCAGAAGAAUCUGUAUGGGGAACGAGACAUUGCUUCUAAGAAGCCGCUUCUAAGUCCUAUCCCGGAGCUGCCCGAGGCCACUGAGACGCCCCCUCCACUUCCAGGUGUCCACAGGGUGCUGUCAGAUGAUUUCAGCUUAGAUGGUGAACUUGAAGAAAGGAAGCUUCCUGAAAGAAAGAAUCUUUCCCCUCAGAACUCAGAAGAAUUCAAUAAGUACAAUGUGUCUGAAUUCUGCAGCUCUUACAUAAAAAGUUCCUUGUCGCUUAUUAAUGCCACUUGUGAUCAGGAUUCAAGUAUAAAUACUAUAGGAAUCCAUGCAAAUAAAAUUAUUCCAAAAGCAGAAGUUAAGUUGGAAAGUGAAAAUAACUUAAAAACUGCAACCAAGAAUGAAAACAUUCAUAUUUCUUGUGCUUCUAAGACUGAAAAACUCAUCGUGUCAGAUGGUCCACAGUCCGAUUUUAUUGGGCAGUCCGAAGACGGUUCUGCUGCUGCAGGUCAAAAUGUGGAAAAUCUUCAGAGCUUUGAAAUUUCAGGAGAUGUCAAGUGUGAACAACAAGAUGACUUCUUAGUAGGUCCUGAAGGAAAACUGCAGACCGAGGAUUUAAUGUCUGGCUCACAAAAAGAAUGUGAUUAUUCGGAAGAUGUCUUAAUUGCCGAAAGAAAAGAAAAAAGUCAAAGUGAGGAUUUGGGAAGAAACUCCACAAAAAGUAGAAGCGGUGUAAGUUGUGAAGGGAAACAACGAAGGCGCUCUAUGUGCUAUCUUGAUGGUCAGCAUUUGUCUUUGGAAAAAAAUGGAAUGCACAAACCUUCCUACAGUGUGGGCAGCUCUGCAGAAAUUAGUUUGGAAAAUUCUGAACUGUGUAAAGAUUUAUCUGAUUCCAUAGAACAAACCUUUCAGAGAACAAAUAGGGAGGCAAGAGUCCGACGUAGCACAAGGCUACAAAAAGACUUGGAAAGUGAAGGACUUGUAUGGAUUUCACUUCCAGUUCUUUCCACUUCCUGCUCCUCCCAAAGAAUCAGAAGGAGAACCAUGCAUACAUUGGACAGCAGAGGAUUUGAAAAUGUGUCCCCUAGGGAAAAAACUGCGUCCUUCAGACACAAAACGGGGACACCCUGCUCCAUAUCAAAUCAAGAAAACAGUGAGGGUUUUGCAGACACUUUUUCCCGUUUACCUGGGAAAAGGCGGAAGAGUUUUUGUAUAUCUGCACUUGCAGACACUGCAAACACGAAGCACAAAUGCUAUAAAAGAAGAUCCUUUCUCAGCCAGAAGGGAGAAGGCUCUCCAAAUGAUGUUGGAAGAAUGAACCACGCUGGAGAACUGCGGCAAUAACUGACGUCUGCUGCAGAACAUUAGGCAAGAUGGACGCCACCCACCCGUGCCGAAGAGAGCCUUUCAUCCUAGCUCCUUUUAUUUGUCAGUGUCAGUGUUUAAUCGUUUCAAAUAAAGUCAUGUGAGUUGAACCUACUUUUAAGGAAAAAUAAGUGAAAUUCUUUUCAUUAAAAAAUAAACGUUCUAUUAAAUAUGUCCUUCCCCCAAAUUGUAAAGGCUUUAUUAGUAUUUUGCUAAAAAGGAUUGUUUUUAGACCCUAAAUGUGUCUCUUAAGUUUGUUUUACGUUAGUACAUAUUCACCACCAAAGGGUUAGAGUCUGUUGAAAAAAUUAUCUUUUAGAAUUGGCACAUUACGUGUCGAUGAGAAGGGUUUUUAAAAAAAAUUGACAUAAUUAAUAUAACGUGAAAGUGGACGUUAAUACAGUGUGGAAAGCUGUUUUAAAAUGUGUUUUUAUUUUAAGAAUACUGCAAAAAACUGGUUAAAAGUUUUAAAAAUUGGGGUAGAUGUAAAUUGUAAAACUUGUUUUCUCUUUGGGCUAAGGUUAAGAGAAGCUUAAAUGACUUGCUUUAGCUGUCUGAAAUGUUUAAUUCUUAGAUUAAAAUCAAAUGUCCAACAUGGAAUUUUGGGAAAGUCUUUUCAAUGACCAGAAUGGUGAGGGUGGGAGCAAAAGUAGUUUUAAAGUUGUUUGUGUAAAAAAUAAUAAAUAAUAAUAAAUAAUUAAUAAUACAAGAAUAAACUGAGGUUUGUAUACCCACAACUGUAAAACCUACCUUUGCCUAUAUGAUAGAUGUGUCAUUAUAUAAAAUGAACAUAUAAUUUGUAAAUAAUGAAUGUGAUGAAAGCAUUUUGUCCUUUAAACAAGAUUCUUCAACGUUUUGUGGGGUGAGAGGUGGAUUGGUUUUUGGUGAAAAUGUAGCAGUUUAGUUGAAGACUUAUUUCCCAGAUUAUUCAAAUUACAGAUAAUUUGGGAUUUAUUUUAUGGUUCUCCUUAAAAAAUUUCUUUUAAGUCCAAAGUGAGCUGACCGACAUGAAACGUGGUGGUAGGUCGCUGGCUUCCUUUUCAACAAGGCAUUUUCCAGCUGCUUUAAUUCUAACUUUUCUACAGUGUCAAGUACGUGCAUACUAUCACUUGUCUUGGAUUUUCCAGUUAUGCCUCAGCCCUAUAGCCAUAUAUCCUAUUUCCUAUCACCAUUUUGGUGAUAGCAGUUUGAAAAUCUAAGUUGUUAUAUAUCUGGAAUUUGUGAAUGUGCUUAAAUCAUAUAUCAUUAAACAAUUGUCUUUAGAAUCCUUGAAAUCAUUAACCUCCCUCUCUUUGAUAGCAGAAGCCUGUUAACAAAUAGUGCUCUCUAUAAAUAACCCUCCAGGGGAGAAAGCUCCCGCUGAGCGCCCAUUUCCCCUCCGCAGAUAGAGACUAUUUGUUACCUUCUUGGCACCAACAGGUCUGGGACUCCUGCUGGCAAAGACUAAUGUAUUUUACAUUAACACUCAAAGUGAUCCCCAAUUUCUUCUGCUAAAGGGUAGAUUGUUUAAAAAAUUCUUUUAUCUUUACACAUAAAUUCUUUAUGGAUCCCCCCGCCCCCGCUUUUAUAGUUUAGUGUGGUUGAGAAAUGUAUACCACUGAAAACAAACUACAAAAAAAAAAAAAAAGAGAGAGAGAACUAAUUAACUUCUUAUGAAGCUUUUUGGUUUUGGAAUUUAAAAAGAAAAAAUUUUUUUUCAGAAAUGUAGGAUGUUAGAGGGUUUUGUUUUCUGUUAAGUUUUUGUAUUCUUUGUUUAACACGCAGGUUAAAAAAUGAUUGUUAUUUUUUUCCUUUUAAAUUCUGUGAUCCAUAAUCUCAAUCCCAAUUGUCUUUGAAUUUUUAUAAUUUUGGAUGCUUUGUUUUAUUCUUCAAAAAGCAUUGGUGAGGGUGAAGGGAACAUUUUGGUGUGUGAUUUUUUUUUUUCACUUGACUUUUCAAAUAUAAAAUUGUUCUCAUUUUCUAGUAUUUACAUAUAAAAAUACACAGACACUUUACAAGUUGUGUUGGUUUCAAAAUGUUUCAGCAUGAAUGUUUUGUUGUUAUUAAGAACAAACAGGCAUUUUUCCUAACAUUGGCUCUGAGAAAUUAAAGCAAUUUAGGCCCAGUUUUCUCCGAUUUGUCGUUUGCAUCAUAACAAUUUGUGAAAAGUUAAUGAUUUCUGUAUUUGAAUGUGUGCUUGUUUUUAAUAGUUUCUCUUCACUUGUGGUUCAGUCAAAACCUCGGCUCGAAUUCAUUUUUUCUGGCCUUACCUUUUUACUGCUGUAACUGUUGACAUUUGGCCUUAGAAACUCUUCUCAUCAUCCCGCUGCUGUAGUUCCUUGUUUGUCCAGGAGAUGGCAGCCUGACAUCUGGAGUUUUUUCUGCACCCAGUGCCUGAGAGCCAGGGCAGCUCUUGCUGCCAUGGGUACCUCCCUUUCACUUUAUGUCUACUCAUUUUACAAAAGUAAUGCAACUAUUGAAAAAGCAUAAAACUGUACACAAUUAAAAACUGUCUUCUUACACCCCGUGCCAACCAGCAUCCUCUAACCACACCCUCCUCUCUGUAGCUUUCUGAGAUGCAAACACAGUCCAGACCUCUGCCCCGGUAAACAUGACUGUAGGUCCUAUUGUUUUCUGAUGGGAUCUGUCGGUACUGCUUCGCAGCUUGACUUUUUUAUUCAACAAGAUACCAUGCGUAUUCUUCAGUCUUAACACGGGGAGCCCUAGUGCUCUUUAGUCUUUCAGACCUCUUUUACAGAAUUAUGUGAUUUUGGUAUUUAUAAUUUAGUCAUUUCCUUCCUAAUGCAUGCUACUUGUCUUCAUCUUUUUGUUAUUGAAAAUUAACCACACUGGGCUUGCGUGAAAAUGUAAGAUAAAUUCCUUGAAAUUAAAAUGGUUAUUAAGUUCUCUUUUAUAAAUCACACCUGCCUGGCAAAGUCCCUUUAUAAAAAUUUGGUGUCUUUGCCUCCUCUCUGUCUCUCAUACUCUCCUACCACUUGGCCUCCAUUUUCUCCUACUCACCCCCUUUCCCCAUGGGCGCUGAAGCCAUGGAACUGAGGGUCAGGCUUGGAUUUGGCCCGACAAGAAAACAUGAUUAAUGAUGCCUGAUUCAUGCUUUAUAUGGAAAGAGCUUUUUCUUUUUACAUCAAGUUUAUUGGGGUAUAAUUAACCUACAGUAGAGUUCACCCUUUUGAGCACAGUUUGACUUUUGACAAAUUCAUACAGUCCUGGAACAACCACCACAGUCAAAUAAUAGAGCACAUCUCCCCAAAAGAAGUUUUCUCCUACCUCUUUGCAGUCAGUCUCCCUUUGCCCCAACCCUGGCCUCUCCCAACCACUCGCCGUAUACCUACCUUAGAGUUUCACCUUUCCCAUAAUGUCAUAUAAAUGGGAUCCUACAGUGUGUGUCUUUUUAAAAUCUAGCACAAUGCAUUUGAGAUUCAUCAAUGUUGUAUGUCAUGAGUUUGUUUAUUCCUGUGUAUUGCUGUGUAGUAUUCCAUUUUACAGAUGUACCAAUUUAUUUAUUCACCAAUUGAUGGAUAUUUGGGUUGUUUCUAUGUUUUGAUUGUUAACAAAUAAAGCUGCU